GCGAGGAAGGAGCGGUGCGAGACGCUGCGCCGGAGGUCUUCCCAUAGACAGCAGAAGCAAGGCUCCUAUAACCAAAAGUGCCUCUGUGCUGAGUCAUUGGGAAAAACUUGCCUGACUUGGGAAAGGGAAGUGACGAAUCCAGCAUCAUACUGUGGAGUGGCCAAGAUCUACCAUUGUGGAGGCAUCAGACUUUGACCUUAGUUUGGAAGACCUCAAAGGAUGCACCAUGAUGAAACGGCAUAGACCUGUCAGCAGCAGUGAGAGUUCAGAUGAGUGUCCUUCCACUUCAUUUACUUCUAGCUCAAUGUAUAGAAAGAAGUCAAAAAAUCCUAAGGAACACAAGAAGUCUGCUGAGGUAUUCCGGAAGGACCUCAUCAGUGCCAUGAAAAUUCCUGACUCUCACCAUGUUAAUCCUGACAGCUAUUACCUCUUUACUGACACAUGGAAAGAAGAAUGGGAAAAAGGAGUCCAAGUACCAGCCAAUCCAGACUCUGUUCCAACACCUUCUCUCAGGAUUAUAUCUGAAAAAGUAAAGGAGAUUCUUUUUGUCCGGCCCCGGAAAUAUAUCCGUUGCUCCAGCCCAGAGUCUGCAGAACCUGGUUAUAUUAAUACCCUGGAGCUAGCAGCAUCUACAUGCCGCUAUGACCUAGAUGACAUGGACAUCUUCUGGCUUCAGGAACUCAAUGAAGACCUUGGAGAAAUGGGUUAUGGCCCAGUUGAUGAGACUCUUAUGGAAAAGACAAUAGAAGUUCUGGAACGCCACUGCCAUGAAAAUAUGAACCAUGCUAUUGAGACAGUGGAAGGGCUAGGAAUAGAAUAUGAUGAAGAUGUGAUCUGUGAUGUGUGCCGGUCUCCAGACAGUGAAGAAGGGAAUGAUAUGGUAUUCUGUGAUAAGUGUAACAUCUGUGUGCAUCAGGCUUGCUAUGGCAUCCUCAAGAUUCCAGAAGGCAGUUGGCUGUGCCGCUCCUGUGUCCUGGGCAUUUAUCCACAGUGUGUUUUAUGUCCUAAGAAGGGUGGUGCCAUGAAGACCACCAGGACAGGAACUAAAUGGGCUCAUGUCAGCUGUGCCCUAUGGAUUCCAGAAGUCAGUAUCGCUUGUCCAGAGAGAAUGGAGCCUGUCACAAAAAUCUCCCACAUCCCACCUAGCCGGUGGGCCUUAGUUUGCAACCUGUGCAAGGUGAAGACAGGGGCUUGUAUUCAGUGCUCUGUGAAAAGCUGUAUCACUGCCUUUCAUGUCACCUGUGCCUUUGAGCACGGCCUGGAAAUGAAGACCAUCCUAGAUGAUGGGGAUGAAGUGAAGUUCAAGUCAUUUUGCCUCAAGCAUAGCCAAAACAAGCCAAAACUCGGGGAUGCCGAGUACCACCACCACAGAGUUGCCGAGCAGAGCCAGGCUAAAAGCGAGAAAACCAGCCUACGGGCACAGAAGCUUCGUGAACUAGAAGAAGAAUUCUAUACCUUAGUCCAGGUAGAAGAUGUUGCCAAAGAGAUGGGGCUGUCUGCAUUCACUGUCGACUUUAUCUAUAACUACUGGAAACUAAAGCGCAAAAGCAACUUCAAUAAGCCAUUAAUCCCCCCAAAAGAGGAUGAAGGAAAUGGCUUGGUUCAGCCAAAAGAAGAAAGCAUUCACACUCGGAUGAGAAUGUUUAUGCAUCUGCGGCAGGACCUAGAGAGGGUCCGAAAUCUGUGCUACAUGAUAAGCAGACGAGAGAAGCUGAAACUAUCACACACCAAAGUGCAGGAACAGAUCUUCAGUUUGCAAGUCCAGCUUAUCAAUGAAGAAAUUACAGAAGAACUUUCUUUGACAAAUGCACUAGAGAACUCACUGUUUUACCCACCACCACGAAUUACCUUAAAGUUAAAAAUGCCUAAAUCAACCUCAGAAGAUGGCAGAGACAGCUCCACAGAAACUGAACAACAACCCUCGUCUCCUGGCAGCAGCUCCCCUUGUCACAGUAAAAGGAGCCCCCAGAUGACCGAGGAGCCACUGGAUAUGAAUGUGAAAAUAUAUCCAAGAUAUCCACUAGAAAGCAAAAGUAACUGUUUGCUGCCUAGCCGAAGCCAUGCUCGAAGUGAAACCAGGAGCUCCAGUCCUACUCGGAGAGCUCCAUCUACAGAAUUCUAUCAUGGGCAAUCAUUAGGGAAGCCUCUGGCCCUUCAGGCUGCCCUCCAUGGACAGGAUUCUGUUGGUAAUGGGAAGAGUCAGCCUAACUCCAGGCUUGCUAGUUCCAAUGGCCUGGAGGGCAACUGGUCUGGGAACAUCACCCAGAAAGUUAGUUCAGGUGAGAUAUGCUGUGACCAGGAGUCCAUGCUCAGCUCCCACUUGCCCAGCCCAGGCAACAUUAGAAAAUCUGGCAUGGAACAUUUCACCAGGUCCUUUAAGGAGGCCACCAAUACAUGGGUGAAGCCUACUGAGGACCUCCAGUACUGUGUUAAGCCAGCUAAGAAUGUGAGCUCUAAGGAGCAAUUGUGGGGUAGACAGCUUCUCAGGCGGUCCACAGGGAGAGCUUCGUAUCAGGAAACCGAUGGUUAUUGCCCUGACUUGGAGCCCAGUGAUUCAGAGGCAGAAGGGGAGGGGAAUAAAGAAACAGCAAGGGUAAAGAGAGAGAGUUCUGACAGAGAAAAUCCUUCCCAUGAUUCUGCUCGAGAGUGCCAUGGGAAAACCAAGACACAACCUCAUUCCCAUAGCUCAAUGCAAAGGUGAUCAGAAACUCCUAAGGGUAACCCAGCCUUUGCCUUUGCCCCGUAUACUGGGGGAAAUCUAAACACCAAAAGGAUUCUAGUGUAUAUUAGGGGGAAUUGCAGGGAAAAUGAUGGUUUGAAGUUAUUGAAAGCGUUUCAGGUCUAGUUUUUAUAAGCACAUUACAAGAGUUGCAGAUUGUCUGGGGUUGCUUUUUCGGAGGCUGCUGAGAACAGUUAGGCCCAGAGUAUUUGAGUACUUCAGGGCAGCUUUCCCAUUACAUUAACACACUGAUUAAUCUAUGUAUUAAGAAUCCUUUCAUUGUCAAUGGAUUUGCAAGAGGAUAUGACAGACACUAAAACUACUUAUCUUUUGAAACUAUAACAUGUGACUCCUUGAAGCUCAAAUCUGUAGAAAGUUUCUAAUUCCACUGGUAUCUAUAAAACCUCUUCAAGAAAGAGACCAGGAGAGCAACAUUCUCAGAUACUGACACUUACUGUUGUCUUCCUUGCUUCAUGCAAGGUUGAGUUUCUUUCACAGUAUCAUAUCUUACAAAGUCAUUUCUUCUAAGUGUCCAGUGCCUGUUCCUAGACCUGCUUCUUGGGGACACACUCAUAACUCUCUU